AUGACGCCCUCCAGAAAAGAGGCAGCGCAUGAGUGCGUGUCCGAAGAUGCGCUCAUCCAUCUCAAGAGCUAUAAAUACUCCAGCGUCGAUAAAUCCUUGAUCUCGAAUUAUAUCCUCAAACAUUAUUGGAAUGCAUUCGUGGAAUUAUUGCCAUUAUGGCUGGCGCCGAAUAUGGUUACACUAUUGGGAUUCUUCUUCAUCCUGUCAAACGUCAUAUGUUUAGAGCUGGUAAUGCCGGAUUUGGUCGGACCGGGCCCGUCGUGGUUAUACUAUAGUUUUGCUUUUGGACUUUGGAUGUACUCAACUAUGGACAACGUGGAUGGGAAACAAGCGCGACGAACAGGAACCUCGAGUGGUCUCGGCGAACUUUUCGACCACGGAAUCGACUCUUUGAACUGUACUCUCGCAAGUCUCUGCGAAACUGCGGCGAUGGGACUGGGGACAUCCAAGGCUGGAAUCUUUACCGCCCUUGUACCUUGUCUACCUAUGUUCUUUUCGACAUGGGAGACAUAUCAUACACAUACUUUGUAUCUGGGCGUCUUCAACGGACCAACUGAGGGGUUAAUCCUCGCCUGCACGAUUAUGAUUAUGUCUGGAUACUACGGACCUGAGAUCUGGGCUCAUCGAAUCACAGAUUUGGUUGGCCAUCAUUACUUCUUCGGAUACCACGAGUUCUUUGGAUCUUAUUCAGUACGAGAUCUGUGGGUGCCUAUUCUGUGCGUGACUCUAUUCGGAGCCCAUGUACCGUUCUGUGUUAUCAACGUUGUCAAGGCUAGGAGGGCACAAAACCUUCCAGUCAUGCCGGUUUUCCUGGAAUGGACACCUAUGGCCGUUUAUACCUUUUCAAUUGGAGCAUGGCUAUACUCCCCAUACUCCACCUUGAUGAGAGACAAUAGACUCGUUUUGUUCUGUCUUACGAUGUCUUUUGUUUUUGGCCGGAUGACAACGAAAAUCAUCCUUGCCCAUUUAACUCGGCAGCCAUUUCCAUACUGGACUGUUAUGCUUACGCCCUUGGUUGGUGGGGCUAUUCUUGGAAACCUCCCUCGAUUCGGUCUUCCAGCAGUCAGCUCUUUCGUCGAGUUAUGGUAUCUUCGAAGCUACUUUGUCUUUGCAUUGGUGGUUUAUUUCAGAUGGGCAUUGCUUGUGAUUAACAGCAUCUGCUCUUAUUUGGGUAUCAACUGCCUCACCAUCCCAUACGAAAAGCAGGUCGCCAAUCGGGCGCGUUCGAAAUCUACCAACGGGAGUGCCAAACCCGCUAAUGGACAUGGCAGUGGAAAACGUGUUGAUUGA